CCAGCGCGAGGGUGCGUGAGGCGGCGCGGCGGCCGCCGCGUGCGCGAGCCGGGUUGCAGCCCAGCAGGGACUUUCCAGCCGGCGGCGGCGGCGGCGGCGGCGGCCGCCGGCCCUUCCCCGCCCCCCGACAUGGGGCUGCCCGGGGAGCAGGACGCUGCGGACGGCGGCGGAGGACGCGUCCGGCGCCCGUGAGCCGGCCGAGCGGGUGGACCGCGGGAUGAGGAAACUGAGGCCCAAAGAAGUUAUGCCACUUGGUUAAGGUCCCAAAGCAAGUCAGAAACCAGAUCUAGGACCAGAAACUUGGCUCCUGGCUCUCUCUUCUCCUGAGGAUCACUUUCCUGACAAACAAGUGCAGGUUGUCCUAGCUGACAUUUGGGGAUUCAAGUUUCUUCCACCUUAGGACUCUACCAUCUCUUAGGACCUUGGGAUACUCUACAGGAUCCUCUGCAGUUGGGGAAGAAAAGGUAAGGGGCUCCACUCCAUUACUUGAAGGAAAAGGUUGGCAGUGCUUUGCUUCUUUCUUUGUGGAAGCCUGCUUCUCCCUGAUCAAGUUUCCAUAAAUCUCCUUACAGCAUAUGAUACACAGAAUUUCUUUUUCCAAAAAUGGAGUCGAGUAAAAAGAUGGACUCUGCUGGCACACUGCAGCCUAACCCGCCACUAAAGCUGCAGCCUGACCGUAGUGCUGGGUCCGUGUUCGUCCCUGACCAGGGAGGCUACAAGGAGAAGUUCGUGAAGACUGUGGAGGACAAGUACAAGUGUGAGAAGUGUCGCCUGGUGCUGUGCAACCCAAAGCAGACUGAGUGUGGGCACCGGUUCUGUGAGAGCUGCAUGACUGCUCUGCUGAGUUCCUCCAGUCCAAAGUGUACUGCGUGUCAAGAAAGCAUCAUUAAAGACAAGGUGUUUAAGGAUAAUUGUUGCAAGAGAGAGAUCCUGGCUCUUCAGAUCUAUUGUCGGAAUGAAAGCAGAGGUUGUGCAGAGCAGUUAACACUGGGACAUCUGCUGGUGCACCUAAAAAAUGAGUGCCAGUUUGAGGAGCUUCCCUGUGUGCGAGCUGACUGCAAAGAAAAAGUAUUGAGAAAAGACCUGCGGGAUCACGUGGAAAAGGCCUGUAAAUACCGUGAGGCCACGUGUAGCCACUGCAAGAGCCAAGUCCCAAUGAUCACACUGCAGAAACAUGAAGACACCGAGUGUCCCUGUGUCGUGGUGUCCUGCCCUCACAAGUGCAGCGUUCAGACUCUUCUGAGGAGCGAGUUGAGUGCACACUUGUCAGAGUGUGUCAAUGCCCCCAGCACCUGUAGUUUUAAGCGCUAUGGCUGCGUUUUUCAGGGGACAAACCAGCAGAUCAAGGCACAUGAGGCCAGCUCUGCCGUGCAGCAUGUCAACUUGCUGAAGGAGUGGAGCAACUCCUUGGAGAAGAAGGUUUCCUUGCUGCAAAAUGAAAGUGUGGAAAAAAACAAGAGCAUACAAAGUUUGCACAAUCAGAUCUGUAGCUUUGAAAUUGAAAUUGAGAGACAAAAGGAAAUGCUUCGAAAUAAUGAAUCCAAAAUACUUCAUUUACAGCGAGUAAUAGACAGCCAAGCAGAGAAACUGAAAGAGCUCGACAAGGAGAUCCGUCCUUUCCGGCAGAACUGGGAGGAAGCAGACAGCAUGAAGAGCAGUGUGGAGUCCCUCCAGAACCGUGUGACUGAGCUGGAGAGCGUGGACAAAAGUGCAGGGCAGGCAGCUCGGAACACAGGUUUGCUGGAGUCCCAGCUGAGCCGGCAUGACCAGAUGCUGAGCGUCCACGACAUCCGCCUGGCAGACAUGGACCUUCGGUUCCAGGUCCUCGAGACUGCCAGCUACAAUGGCGUGCUGAUCUGGAAGAUACGUGAUUAUAAGCGCCGGAAGCAGGAGGCUGUGAUGGGGAAGACCCUGUCUCUUUACAGCCAGCCAUUCUACACUGGCUAUUUUGGCUAUAAGAUGUGUGCCAGGGUCUACCUAAAUGGGGAUGGAAUGGGAAAGGGGACACACUUGUCAUUGUUUUUUGUCAUCAUGCGUGGGGAAUACGAUGCUUUGCUGCCGUGGCCAUUUAAGCAGAAAGUGACGCUCAUGUUGAUGGAUCAGGGGUCCUCUCGGCGUCACCUGGGAGACGCAUUCAAGCCUGACCCCAACAGCAGCAGCUUCAAGAAACCCACAGGAGAGAUGAAUAUUGCCUCUGGCUGCCCAGUCUUUGUGGCCCAAACUGUUCUGGAAAACGGGACGUAUAUUAAAGAUGAUACAAUUUUUAUUAAAGUCAUAGUGGAUACUUCGGAUCUGCCUGACCCCUGACCAGUGAAAGGGGAGGUAGAUUUAGCAGAAGGUAACUCCUCUGGGGGGUUUUGAACCAGUCUGUCUUCACUGAGGUCCUCACGCUCAGAAAAGGACCUUGUGGAAGGGUGAAAGCAAGAGGCGAAUGUGCGGCCGGCGGGAGGAGCCACACGUGAAAACAGACCCCGACACGUUUUCUAAUAGACUAGCCACACUCCACUCUGAAGAGCUAUUUAUCCUUCAACGAGGUAAAUAUUGCUGUCAGAAAAGGUUUUCAUUUUCAUUUUUAAAGAUGUAGUUAACUAAGGUGGAAGACAUAUAUGCUAAACAAAAGAAACGUGAUUUUUCUUCCUUAAACUUGAACACCAAAAAAAAAGAAAAGGUGGGGAUAGCUGGACAUGUGAGCAUGUUGAGUAAAAGGAGAAUUUAUGAAAUAGUAACAGUUCUGAUAUAUUCAUUCUCAAAUUCAACAGUGCAAUCUUGUUUCAAAUAUAGUAUAUUGUCUAUUUUUAAGGCCUCAUCUGGUCUCUGUUUUAAUAAUUUGCUUGUCAGAAGACCCUGAAGUACACCCAGGUCUUUUUUUUCAAAAGUCUCUAAAUUCAGAAAUCAUUUUUUAAUUUAAAGUUCUACAGAUAAUUGUUACUGCAAACAUUUUAUUUUAAAACGUUGAUAGACUGAUAUUUCUUGGAAGAAAAUGCCAACUAUCAAACACUGGUUAUCACUUGUGAUAGGAAAGAGAAUAUUCAACCUGUUGUUAUUUCUCGUUAGAAAUGUAAACCUUCAAUAUCUGUUGUAGUUAAUGACACUACUUCAAAAUUACUAUGAAAGGGACAUUGCUCAUGGAUGCUGUGCAUCAUUUCAGACUUAUAAUUGUUUUCACCCUAAAAUAGGGCAUUAGUUGAACUUUGGAGUUCUAAACAAAAUCCUAUAGGUUUUUAAAAUUCUGCCCCAUGUUCAGACAAGCUCUCUGUUGCUGACAGCAUGGACCUUUGGUCUCAGUGUCCAGUGUCCGGGGGUGGGCAGGUGGCUUGUGCUGCAGAAGGCCCCAGCAGGUGUUUCUUCAUUCUGUCAUACUGCUGCAUUUGGUUAGUGAUCUCCGAAAGCAACAUCUUUGCUCAGAGAUGGUGGCAUACGGUACAUGUGCCUUAGUUGUGACAUGCUGCUUCUUGACACUAGGUUUGUGUUAAGCGUGAUUCUAGAAAGUGAUAGUUUAACCAGAUGUUUCUCCACUGCUCGGUCUUUGUCUCUACGAGGGCCCUCAGACAACUCCAUAACUGCCAGGGGAAGGCAGGCUCCAUCUGCGGCUUCUUGAGCCUCCACUGCUUAAUUACCACAGAUUCCAAACUCUAGGCCCCAUCCCAAGGGAGGCAGGCGUGGAACAGAGGCCACGCCUCUCUAUGUUCCCAUUUGGGCCCUUAGAGCCCACACAGCUUAAAGCAGAACCCUCUGAGCAUUCCAGAGACCGCUGCUCUGGGGGCCUGCCAAGGCUGGCCAUUGGGCAGCCCCGAGUCACCAUCCUGUUGGGAAGGGUGGCCGGGCUGACAUUCCAGCCUGCACCUGCCCAGACAGCACUCUCAACUCACUGUUUACUGUCUCUCAAUGGUCCAACUGUGAUUAGAAGCCUGGAGCCCUGCCCCUGUGCCCCUUUUGCUAUGCACCACGCUUCAUGGUGCUCUUACACUGAUGGGUGCUACACGUGACGGGUGCUUCUUAGGCAAAACCAAUGUGUGCAAACCACCACGUCUGUGCCACUCGCCCAAAAGACGCGCCCACGAUUGGCCAGCUGGGCUGCGCACUUCAGACUGCCUGCCUCUGGGCUCUCCCCAUGGUCAUGCGGGGAUAGCUGGGUUGGUGCCCGGUGGCCCACUGUGUCUCUGGUGCUGCCAUCUGUCCUGGAUUUGCCUUCGCCCUAGUGCCUGCUGGAAGUGCCCUCCUCUCGCACACCCGUUCCUGUGCUUCCGUGAGCAGCCUCCUUGGUUCCAAACACCUGCCAUGCCUUUCCAUGUUGAACCCUCAGCUCUUCAUCUGCUGGGCCUCUGCCCACUCUCCUUGGAUUGCUGUAGGGUAAGUCAGUGGCUCUGGUUCUGCCUCAGAUGGAGGCAUCAUCUCUGCUCAUAAGGAAAAACUUCCUGUAGAAACUUCAGAGUUCACUGACCCCUUGAAGGCAUCCCUGACUCCUUCCACCUGCCCCCAAGUUCUCCGCCAGAGGCCUGGAAGAGGGAGGGCCUCCCAGUAGUUCCCACCUGGCCUCGGGACAUCCCUGCAACUUCCUUCUUGUUGAAGUCUGCACAAUACAAACAGGGUGAGCAAGGCUAUGGUCUGAUAAAAAGUGCUUUCUUCUUUAAGUUAAGUCCCUUUCUUGAGUGUGGCCUUGAGGUGCUGAAGCUCCACCCCCCCACCCCACUCCCACUCCCAUAGGUGGGACUUUACCAAGGCCCCUUCCUGUGGGAUGUGGUAGAGAAGUAACUGCAGUCCCCUGGGGUGAGGACAUGUGUGUAACAGUGACAUGACCCCAUGCCUUUGUGAGUCCUCUUGUGUGCAAAGAAACUUCUGGUAUGCAUCUCUUGGGAGGUACAGGGCACAUUCUGCCUGUACAUGACUCACACUGCUCACCCCAGCAUUCCUUUGUGCCCCUUCGGUGCUUGCCACUUAGGCCAGUCUUGGACUGUGGUGUCCUGGCAGCAGCCAGCCCUCCCCCCACAACGGGGUCCAGGCCACAGGAAGCACAGGGUGGUCAUGCACUGUGUGUUUUUGGGUGUCCACUUCUCAUUAACAGUGACAGAACUGUCCCCUUCUUCAAAGAAACUUACACAGUGCUUGUUCUAAGGGGAGAUUGUCACAACUUCCUGUUUCCACUGACCUUAUAUAGCACACUUACUCUGGCCAUUCCCUGGACAGGCAUGUGUGGCCUGAAGGCCCAGCCCCCUAUACAGGACAGAUUAGAAGGCAUUCCCAGCAAAGUUAGGUGCUCAGAGAGAAAGAAUGGGGGCUGGGGGGUCCUGGUUGGGCCUCAUUUGGCUCUUUGGGACUAGAGCUGGAAUCGGCUCAAGUGAGCUGGGCUUUCCAGUAUGCCAGGUUCAUUGGUGGUGUAGAAGAGGCCAGGUGGCAAUGAGUGUGAACUGUAGUAAGGCCCAUGGAGCAGAAGGCAAUGCCUCCCCGGCACCCCACCUGCCAGGCUCUCUGGAGCCCCAGGCUAAAUCUGGACACACUGAUGCAGGCUCACCAUGCAAAUAAGCAGAGGGCUGUGGUGAGGGCCCACAUCUUAGUCUCUCUCCAUCCCUUACCCUUUCCCAGAGCAGCUUCUGCCAUCUAGUACUGUGUCCCUGUGACACCAAGAUGGUUGGCUGAAUGAGGACAUUGCUCAAGUGACAUCUUCUGCCUCCUUUUCUCUGCCCCAUCCCAGUUUCUUCUUGGCCUGUGACACCAGAGAGCCAUAGUAUGUAGUGCUGGGGCUCCCACUCAUUGGGUGGCCUCCAUCAGGGCCUGCAAACCCGCUGCCCACCAAGAUUCUCGCUGUAUUGGCUUCCCUUAGACUGUAUGUAACUGGCCUCCUUGAGGACAUGGAAGUCAAGUGCUGUCCCAUAGGGUUGCCAGCCACCCCCCAGACCAUCUCGGCCUGCCCCAAAUUUCUCAGUCACUUGGGACUGGAACAUGCAUCCUAAUGGAUGCCUGCCAUCCUGGGCUUGUCAUUAAUGACACUGGUGGCAGUCACAUGGCAGCCCAGGCAUCCUGAUAGCCAGUGGACAGCACCCAGCAAAGGAGAGGGUGUCUGGGCAGGCUCUUGAACAACUGUGGUGUCCUGCGAUGGGUCACCCAUCAGCCUAGAAAGGGGACCAGGGAGCACACCCAUUCCAGCAGCCAGGCCUACACCUUCUUUCUCCACCUGCACACUGUUGCGACGUGAGGCUGUCAUCAUGUGCCUGGUGAGACAUUUCUGGACCUGGCAGGGUGGAAGCACUGUAGACUUCCUGCUUGUCCCCUGCUCAGCCCUUGGCCCCCAAACACCUCCCUCUGCCUGAGGCAGUUAGCACAUGAGAAAGGGCUCACACAGAGCUUAAGGUACAAUUUUUUUUUUUUUUUUACAUUCGGUACAGAUCUUCUGAGACUGCGGGAGAACUGGGAGGGUCCCAGGCCCCUUUGUGUCUGAGUGUGUGUGAGUGAGUGAGUGAGGGCCUGUCACCCAAAUCCACUUCCCAGCCUAAGACCAUGGUCUGUCUUCCGUUUGCAAAUCUUCGUAGCUCUGUUUCUCCAAAGUAGAAUGUUGCCAAUGGGAGUAUGGGUCAGGUGAGGUCAGUGUCAGCAGGUGACCUGGUCAUUGUUACUGUCUCACCCUGGGUGAUGCUGGCUACUAAGGAGCCAAGUCAUCAGGGACCAUCAGGCGAGGCCAGCAGCCCAUCCCAAAGGCCUGGAAACAUCCUGGGGCAUCGUCCACAUGUUGAGGUAGGCCCUGGGUGCCAUUGCCAGGCAGGUGGGCAAAGCAGCGACCCACAUGGAGUCUGGUUAUACAGUUGAGGAGCCCGAGUGGCCAAGCAGAGCUUGUGUCUCAUUUCCCUGCUGCACCGUGUCUGGAGUCUGUCUUGUGAGCUCACUGUGAAAAGGUUAAAAGUCCAGGAUCGCUGUGCCACUCCCGUGAUUGGUGAUGAUUGGUUUUAUACCUUAGUCCCCUUAGACAAGUAAGAUAACCUUCAACAGAAAACUAAAUGAUGUAAUUGGAAAACACAAAAGCCGGCCUUAUUUCCAAGGAUUUCCAUAAGAAAUAUCUCUAGAGAAUCUCUGUGAGGAAGGAAGUGUGGAGGUCCAUGUAGACAAUCGUGGAAUGUUUCUAGAAUUGCAUUCUUUUCUCUGAUGGUACGCCUGUUGUGUUCAGUUCUAUUACCCAAAAACAAAGACCAAAGAAGGCCAAUCUCUCAUUUGACUCUAUUUUUAAUCUGCCUGUUUUAAAAAUUGCCGUCUGUAGUAACCGCUCGCUGUGAGGACCCAUCUUGACAGUCCAAGUGAUUGUGACCAGUGAUUCGUGUCCUGUGUUCCUCUGCUCUUCUAAGAAAACAAGGACAGUAUGAGUUAUUGCUCAGCAAUAAUCAUGUUGUUACUAGGAGUUAGCAACAUGUCUGAUUUCCUAAUAGCAUUAUUAUGUUCUAUAUUUUUGUUCACUGUAUAUCGUGUGUGGUUUUAUUUGGUAUUUAUUUGUUUUUUGAGGUCUUGCAAUGUUUUUGUGUUUCCAACGCUAAUAACUAAAGUUUGUAAGAUGUAGAAUGCGAAACUUUGAAAUGCUAAACUGUCUUAUUAGAGGAAAAUAAAUCUGA